GCUCUCUGUGAUGGUGAUAAAUGUGAGGAAGGACUUAGAAUAAGAGUAUAAAUAAGAAUCAACAUAUAAGAGGGGAAGAAAGGGAGACACAAAUCUCAAAGGAGAAAAUUGGAUUAGGGAGAAAAAGCAGGGGAGACUGUCUGGGGUGGAAGGGUGACGAGAGGAGGCGUGGCAGCAGAGAGAGAGAGUGAGACGAAGAGAGAUCAAGAGAAGAGUGGAUGCAACCCACACCCUGAGAUGCUGUGCUGGCUGAGAGAGGACGAGAUGUCGGUUCAGGAGCUGCUACAGAGGGUCGAGUGUGUCAUCACUCAUGUCGAUGAGAUCAUGCAGCAGGACAUCAGGCCCCUGCUGGCCGUAGACAUCAUAGAGCAGCUUCACCGCCAGUUUGCCUCGCUAUCUGGAGGGCGAGGGAAAGAUGGUGCCCCCAUCAUCACUUUCCCAGAGUACUCAGGCUUUAGCGAAGUGCCAGAGGAAGAUUUCCUCAAUGUAGUUACUUACCUGACCAGCAUCCCCAGCCUGGAUGCUGCAAGCAUUGGCUUCAUUAUCAUCAUCGACCGGCGGAAGGACAAAUGGAGCUCAGUAAAGGCCUCUCUAUCCAGGAUCGCUGGGGCAUUCCCAGGAAAUCUUCAGUUGGUGUUGGUGCUGAGGCCAUCCAGGUUCUUCCAGAAGCAUAUAGCAGAUAUUGGGAUCAAACUACACAAGGAUGACUUCAAAAUGAAGGUACCGAUCGUGAUGCUGAACUCGCUGUCUGACCUACAUGGCUAUGUGGAUAAAAGCCAGCUGACCCGAGAGUUAGGAGGAAACCUGGAAUACAGUCACAGUCAGUGGAUACACCACCGAACAGCCAUAGAAAAUUUUGCCAUGACAGUGAAAACCACAGCCCAGAUGUUACAGAAGUUCGGGACAGACCUAGCAGAGACAGAGCUGCCCAAUGACGUCCAGUGCACCAAAGACCUCCUUACAGCACACACCGACAAACACAAUAACCUCAAGGAUGAACUGAGGCUAGCUGUGAAGCAAGGCACCACCUUGUAUAGUUGUAUAAAGGAUCAGUCAGCCAAGUCAGAGGAUCAUGAACUCAACCCUGAUGAGAUGGAAAACCAAACUACUGUGGAAAGGCUUUUGGCCCAGCUAGAUGAGACAGAAAAUGCCUUUGAACAGUUCUGGAGCAAACACCAUCUGAAACUGGAGCAGUGCCUACAGUUGCGUCACUUUGAACAGGACUUCAGAGAGGUCAAAGUGUCUCUCGACAGCUUGAUAGACAGUCUAAACAGCCUUUCAGACACUGGGGAUUGUGUGGCCAGAGUUGAAAAACUGCUCAAGGAGCUAAAAACACUGGAGGAGAAAGCUCAGGCCACACUGGAAAAGGCACAACUUCACGCACUGCAUGGUGACCAGCUGAUUCAAAGCAAUCACUAUGCUGUGGACUCCAUCAGACCCAAAUGUGUCGAGCUCCGUCGUGUCUGUGAUGACUUCAGCAAUGAGGUCAAGAAAAAGACAGAUAUUUUGUCCAAAUCUCUGCAGAUACACCAGGGCAUAGAUAAGGUUAACCAGUGGUGUGAGUCUGGGAUCUACUUGCUGGCAUCCCAGGCUGUGGAUAAGUGUCAGUCACAGGAAGGAGCAGAGUCAGCACUGACAGACAUCGAACACUUUCUGGAGUCAGCAGAAAAGAACCAACUGACUGAACUGAGGAACCUGCACAACCAGUAUGAGGUUGUCUUGUCAGAGGAUCUCAAGGGUAGUGUACUGAAGGCGCUAAAGAGACUGGAAGAUGUUCAGGAGAUGUUUGAAAAGCGGCAUCUCAGUCUGAAGAGACUGUCAGCUAAACAGACAAGGCCCAUCCAGCCUGUUGCUCCACGGCCUGAAUCCUCCCCCAAACGGCCCUCAGUGAAGAACACCCCCAGGACUGCAGGAGGCCAACAGCCUCUUGCUCGCAGAGCUUCCGAUAAUUCUAACAAACAGCAGGCUGAAGCUGAUCUCAACAAGAAGAAGAACAUAAGGAAGGCAAAGGGAGGAAUCAAGAUUGAGGUCAUGCAUGAAGAAAGCCAAGGAGGCUCCACACAUGUUGUUGUGACAAAUGAGACUGAGGAAAGUCUAUCCAACAGACGCAGGCAUAUCAUGACUGAACUAAUUGAAACAGAAAGGCUGUAUGUUGAGGAGCUGCAAAGCAUCAUGGAGGGUUAUUUUGCAGAGCUGAAUAACUCUGAGCUUAGCCACCUCAUGCCACCAUCACUGGAGAACAAAAGAGAUGUGCUGUUUGGAAACCUGCCGGAGAUAUAUGAAUUUCACAACAAGCAGAUAAAGAGUAAUGAGAUCUUCAUUAAAGGUCUGCGGGCUAACAGGCAAACAAGGAGUCUAAUUACUGGCGCAAAUUCGCACUUCACUGGGCAUGUCGAGAAAGAGAUGUUAAAAUGCAGUAACGGUGAGGGGAUGGCUGAGUUGGAGGAGGCUUUAGCCACCAUGCUGGACAUCAUUAAGUCUGUCAAUGACUCCAUGCACCAGAUAGCAAUCACUGGCUUUGAGGUGAAGGACCUGGCGAGGUUUAAGCCUAUGCAAAGGCAUCUGUUUCUGUAUGACAAGAUGCUGCUGUUCUGUAAGAAACGAGAGGAGACCACCGAUGGACAUGAAAAGACCCCGUCCUACAGCUUCAAACACUCACUCAAGAUGAGUUCUGUGGGGAUCACAGAGAAUGUCAAAGGCGACAGCAAAAAGUUUGAGGUUUGGUACAACGGCAGAGAGGAAGUUUAUAUCAUCCAGGCUCCCUCCAUGGAUGUGAAAAAUAUGUGGGUGUCAGAGAUUCGGAAAGUUCUUACAGGCCAGCUGGAAGCAUGCAGAGAAGCCAGCCAGCUCAACAUCUAUGGGGCCCCCAUGAGGAAUGUGCGGAAGAUGGCACUGAAACACUCUGAUUCAUCAAGCCCAGAGUCAGGCUUCAGGAGGUCCAACCCCAGCCCUAAUAUGAGGCAGAAGAGAGCUGACGCUUCAGCCAGCCAGUCAGGCUACUCGGCUGUUAAUGCUAGGAAGCAUUUCACCUUGCAAGGACUUUCCAACAGGAGGUCUCUUCCAGCAGAACCUGCUGCUAAAGAGGCUGAGGUCCCCCGCCGCUUCUCUCUCACUUCUUCUCUCGCUUCCUCUUCCUCCUCCUCCUUCGCUACACGGCGCACAAAAGGUCCCCUCUCUGCUAGCAUAAAGAGCAAAAGGCAUGAAAUAAAGAGUGAUCCCACUCCAUUUGGUUAUGAAGAUACAUUGCGCGGCGCUAUGGCAGCAGUCAGGAAACGUCAGAGUAUGACUAGCAGCACUUCUGCUGGUCCUGGUGGCACCUCAGCUGUCCCUAGAUCCACUUCCCAACCAGGCUGGGCCCAGCGGCGUCUUCUUUCCAUGGACACAGAGGACUUUGAGACGAUUCCCUCCAGCGCAGAGGAAUCCUCCAACUCUUCAGACGAGGAAGGCAACAAUAAAAAUGGUGACAGCAGCCGUUUCCGAGUACAGCUAACAUACGAGUCUCGUGAUCCGCAAGACCUCUCUCUGGAGACAGGUGAUCUCGUCCAGUUUGUGGAGGAAGCAAAGAAUGGAAACUGGCUAGUCAAGAACCUUUUAACAGAGAAGACAGGGUUGGUCCCAUCCAGUAUACUGCAAACAGCAUCAGAAGGAGAUAUCUUCAGUGAUCUGUGUACAGCAGCUCUCUCCGACUCUGAAAAUGAAGCCAGUACAUGGGGAGAUGUGUCUCAGGACAGCAAAUAAACAUGGAUGACCACUAUAGUUCAUUAUAUUUAACUACAAAUAUGGCUGAUGACUAUAACUGUAGGUUUUUUUUAACUGUAAUUUCCUAAGCUGGACAAUUCUAGGUUUUCUACUUGUAGCUCUUAUUAAUGAAUUUGCAAAUAUGGCCUGCUAUUGUUUUUCAAAUGUAGUUUUUUAGAAAAAAAAGCCUGCCUGAAUGCCACAGCAGGAAAGCCAUAUAAGGUUUUUAAUUCAAGGAAGUGCCAGCAUCUCUCUGUGGGAAACUGAAGCUUUCAUGGAUGCUGAACUGAAAGUUAAAUCAUUACUUUCUGUGGAGAAUGCUGGAUGCCUGGAAAUUUAAAACCUUUUCUGACCUGGAUAACCUUAGGGAAAGUGACAAUUUCCAUGUGCUGGUUGUAAGCAGGCUUUGGGAAGACGGCCUGGUUUGCUGUUACCCUGCACUGAAGCAGAACUCUUUAAGAUCAAAUUCUUACUCUGAUGCCCAAAUGUUUCAGCAUUUCAUGUUCAGAAUGUAUAUAAUUAAUUGCAAGUUGUUUUCUUUGGUUUUCUCUAUCCUAGUGGAGCAUGCACACGAAUUAUAUCAAGUAUAGAGUUGCUUCAGAGACUAUUCUGACUACUCCUAUGUUUUCACACUCGUACAGGUUCUCAACCACCAUCAUGUGUGUCCUUUGCAUGUUUUCCCUGUGUUUGCGUGGGUUAUCUCCGGAUACUCCAGCUUCCUCCCACAGUCCAAAGACAUGCAGUUAGUGAGGAUAGGUUGAUUGACAACUUAAAUUGCCCCUAGGGGUGGUUGCAGAUGUGAAUGCAAAUGGUUGUCUGUGUCUAUGUUUUAGCCCUGCGACAGAUUGGCCACCUGUCCAGGGUGUACCCUGCCUCCCGUCCUAAAACAGCUGGGAUAGGCUCCAGCCCCCCUGCGACCUUGAAACGGAUAAGCAGAAGAGAACGGAUGGGUGGAAACUUAAAAAUCUAAUAUUACAAAAUCGUCUUUGUCACUUUUAAGUUUGCUUUGUUAAGUUUCCGCAACCAUUAGACAUUAAGUAAAUUUUCCAGACACCAAGCUACUUCUGAGUGUGUGGGAAGGGUUCAUAAACCAUGUAGAUUGUUGCUGAUAUGGUUCAUCUUUUGGCGGAUUCUCCCAUCAGUGACUGUUUUCACUCGGUUAUGUAGUUUGCCUGAAAUUAUAACUUUAGGAAUUGCUGGAUUCGUUUUUUUAUUCUUUAUUUCUUUGUUUUUCCAUUUUACAAUAUUUAAUGGCACUGAGGUCAGCUUAAUUAAUAAGGAAAAGUCUGAUUUUUCCACCCCUGUGUAUAUAAACUCCUUGUGUAUAUUUAAACCUAUUUAAUAAUAGGUCAGUGAAUGGAUCUGAAUACUUUCUGAAGUAACUCUAUUGUUUCAACUUCCCCACUGUCUGUUAGACUCACAAACAACGUGUGUAAUUUGCCAAAUGGCUGGAAAUUACUCACCAAACAACCAGAGCUAGGGCUGAACACAUCGGUUUGCUGAAUGCAAUAACAUAUGUAUAUAGCCUUUAUUUUUAUGUCAUACGGGGACAGAAACUGGAAGAAAACUUGAAGUCGAUUUGUCUUCUGGUAACAAGUAAAGAACUGUGCAGAUUGUGUAUCAUUAACUGUCUAAAAACAGCUUUUUGCUCCAUGCAAAAACAAAGUUGAUGAGAGUGGUGAGAUCUAAGUGCAAAGAGAAGGCUUUAGUACUAAAAGAACUCAGCAGAACUGCAGAGUUGGGUAUUAAUUAUCUCUGGAUGUCACUAGAAGCAAACCCAUUUAAUUUACACAUAUCUGUCUCAUUGUUCAUAUAAAAUGCAUUCAUUUGUUCAGUUUUAGUUCCAAAGUCUGCUGCUGUAUCAGGGGUGCAAAAUGUGGGGGGAAAAGUCAUUCAAGAAGAAUUUCCUUUAUCAGUUAAUGAUAGCUAAUUACUCUCUAUCAGAAAAUACAUGAGAAGUAAAACAAUCAUGUUUUCCAUUUUAUGCUCUAUAUAGCUUCAAUGAAUAGCGCACAGAAGAAGUCAAAAGGCUUUUGAUGGAGAUGAAGCAUUAAUGUUUAAGGAAAUGGAAUUAUCUCUAUGAUGUGUUGAGCUGCAUGCCACCGAGAUAAAGUAAGACUCAUUUUUACAUAAUGAGAUUUUCACUACCAAUCUUGUUAAGAACAUUUCACACUUUGAUUCCCUGCAUGCCAGCUGCUAUUUAAAGACAGGACUUAUGGUAUUCAUACAUAGUUUCUGAUUUGUGUGCAUGCACUGUACAAUAGCUAGAAAAUGUGCUUUCUAAGCAAUCUAAUCCCAGAUAUGAGUUUCUGCAAGGGUGACUUCAUGCCACUGUGAGAAAGCUCAUUUUUAAAUUGAGAACAUUCCAAAUAUUGUAUUAAUUUACGCUCACAGAUUCCCUAUUGAGGAAUUCUUUUAUCUCCGUGUUUGUGUUGCCUUAACUAAUUCGUAGAAGCAUACUCAACGAGAAACCCAAUUGAUCAUAUUCCAACCUUGGAAUUUAUUGAAGGAUUUAGUUUUUCUGCUGAAUCCAAGCAAUAGUUCAGCUUUGCAACAUCUUAUUGGAUUCAUGAGAGUUGUUUGAGGUCCAGCUGAAAGUGCUUACACCGUGUUUUUGCUGCUGAGAAGUUAGCAUUUGUUCCCACCUUCAGUUUUGUAGGUGAAAUGCAUUUCUCUGACAGAUAGCACUUGUGCCCUUUCCCCCCCCAAAGUAAACUUCACUAUGUUGUGGGAAAAGUCAGGGAAGUUUGUUUUUCUUUUUUCAGGGAAAAUAUUUUUAGUAAACAGCACCAUUUUUUCUAAGGUUUCAUAAGGUGUAUAAUGUUUUUUUUUGGUGUUGUUGUUUUUUUGGAUCUGUAGACUGGACAUAGGACUUGGUGAGGGCCACGGACACAUUUGACAAAUGUAAACAAACAUCAGUGUUAGCAUAAUUUUGAGGGAUCCAUUUUAUGUAUAACUGCUGUAUUGCCGUACUCCAUUGCUCCCUCACAAGCUUUUCAACACUGUAUUGCAUUUCUACUGCUAGGAUGAAUUGUAUAGACUAGUCACUGCGGAAGCAGAACUGUAGCUGCAGAUAAAUGGCAUAUUAUAUCACAGCAAGGAUAAUGCAACACAAACGCUGCCAUUCUGUCAAAUGCUGCUGGCAUUUCACACAUGUACAUCAUCUCCCUUGGUUUGAUGCCUCUGUGAAUCAGCCAUAAAGAUAUUUGAGACUGAGAGAUAACGGUCCUUUUCUAAACAAAGAACACAUCUGGAAGUUAAAGAUGCAAAGCCAUAAGGGUGUACUCACACCUCACUGCCCCAUGCUCAUGCUGCCCUUAGCAACCUGGUCCAGUUCAUCUCAGUAUUUCAACUCAACUCUUUCCUGCUCACUCUGUGCAUCAUUCACACACACUUUUGAAAACAAUGUUUAAAGGGCAUAAUGAGGUUCGUGAUUUAAUGUAGCUUAAUAGCAAUAUUUUGGGAGUUAUGAGAAACUGCCCCCUCACAUGCCUUGCAGAUUACCUUACAUGGUGAUUUUUGCAUAAAUGUUGGAGUUCUUUCUUGGGUGUGGUUUAAUGAUCGCACUAGGUGGAAUCAAGUACUGAUUAACAUACUGCUUAAUAUAACUGACACUCUCAUUUUACUUGCACAUAUUGAUUUAAGGACUUGACUGUGUUUGACAAAGGUUGUGGUUUAGAUUAAAUAUACCUCUUCAUUAUCUGAAAUCUAUGCGUUUAAAAGAAAAUUAUGGUUACCUAGUGUGGUUAAACACGUGAAAUGGUAUUUGUAAGUAUGUAUUAUAUGUAAAUAGUUUAGAGUAAAUUCAUCUCAUAGUUGCCAUGUAUCUAUAUCAUUGUAGCACCAACAACAAAGGAAUUUUGAAUGUAUGUGUGAACUGCCAGUGUCUUUGUCAAAAUGGCAUCAUUUGACAUCCUCUGAAUGAGAACUGGCUGGAAAACGACUUAUUCGAUUUUCAUUUAGAUGGUAAAUCUUAGAAAUGGAAACAAGAAAACCAAAAGAUAUCAAACAACAAAGUCUUCAGACAAUACAUGUUAGAACAUAAGAUUGAACCUUGUUACAAACCACAAGUAAGUAGCUUUGAAGUUUAAGAUGAGCAGUGGAUGGAUAGAUGCUCAGAAGGGUUCAUGGGUGGAUGAUAAGUGAAUGGAUACAUGAGAAUUCCAAAGGAUGGAUGAGAAAAAUUGGCUUGACAGACUGCUGUGUGACGGGCGAGGCAUGGAUAGACCGAUUGCUGGUUAGAAGAGUGAAUGGACAGAUUUGACGACACUGUAAAUGGGUUAGUAUUUGCAAGAGAAAGCAAAACUAAAGUGAAGUUGAUAUGCAUUGAUAUUCUGAUUAUACAGAAAUGCAGUCCUCUUGAAUAUGCUGUAUAUUUUGUUCAUGCUAUGUUUAAAAUAUAUCUUUGCAAUGAAAAUAUUUCUCUUGUACUGCCAUUUAAGCAUAUUAUAGAAUGUAUCAAGUCUGUAUAUUGUAUCUGUCAUCUGAUGUACAUAUUGUAUUGCUUUGUUGUGAUAAUAUGCAUUUACAAUGUAAAUUUUGUCACAGUUUCAUUUCUUAUUUCAAAUAUAUUCGAUUAUUCCUAACUUAGGCUCAACACCUAGAUUGUUUUACUUCUGCUAAAAAAUGUUUCUACAUGUGCAAGAAAAGUAUAUACAAAGUCUUUUUAUAAAAACAGGAUAAUUUUGCUGCUGACAUUUCACAGAGCAAUCUCUACUUCAAUAUCUCUUGUUUUAUGCCCCCCACCCCCACCCCCCCCACCCCAUAUUCAUUGAAGAAACCAUUUUCACCCAGUAAAUUAAUGUAAUCUAUCAAGUAACACACAGCAACUUUGGUAAGCACAAACAGAAGGUUCCAAUCUAUAAAAGAAGUGGCUUUGUUUCUGAAUGGCCUCAAAAUACAUUGUUUGCAUCUGUCUUGGGAAUAAUAAA